AUGACCUCGAAUUUGAUGCCAAUCGCAUCACUCCGGGUCUCCAAACACCAGAUUCCAGCGCACAACCUCAUACCUAAUACUUCUAUCCAAAACAAACCUCUGAUGCACUACCACGGCGUAUUUCCGCCCACUAUCGGCGCAUCAGCAAUUGAAUCCCAUCUCGGCUCUCUCGGCGUAGUCAGCCCGCAAUGGAGAUACACCAUGUACAGCACAACCCAUUUCCAUAGCACAUCGCAUGAGGUACUCUGCAUCUCGCGCGGCAAGGCUACAUUGUGCUUUGGUGGCGAGGACAACCCUGGGAAAGUCGAGCUCGAGGCCCAGAGGGGCGACAUGCUCAUUGUUCCUGCGGGCGUGGGACACAGACUGCUGAGACAAGCUGAAGGCUCCGACGGAGGCUUUGAGAUGGUUGGCAGCUAUCCACCGGGGUACAACUGGGACAUGUGUUAUGGUCAAAGGGGCGAGGAGUCCCAGGUGAAGAGCAUUGAGAAUUUGCCUUGGUUCACCAGGGACCCUGUAUAUGGAGAUCGGGGCCCGGCUUUAGAUUUGUGA